ACCCACGCCGCAGCUCCAAAAAAACACCGCAGAUCCACGCCGCAGCAGCUCCAACCGUCGUCACCAUACCGCACCAGAAGCGCCGUCGCCACCGUCCUCCUCCAUAGUCGCCGUCGCUACCAGCUCCGCAUCGCCAUUGCCUCCGAAACCGCAACUCCAUAGUCGCCGUCGCUUACACCGCUCUGCCGUCGGGUUGUCCUCCAUCGCCGUCGGUCUUCCUCCGCCGACGCUCCUCUUCUCCGGUCCGGCUCCGAUCGAUAUGGAUCGGAGUUGGAUACAUGAGAAACGCAAAACAGUCAAAUAUAUACAAGGGGUUCAAGAGUUCAUACAAUAUGCUGAAAAAAAUAAAAGCAAAAAGGCGGAGGAUUUUAUAUCGUGCCCGUGCUGUGAUUGUAAAAAUUUGAGAAGAUAUCGUAAUUCUGACGUAGUGAAGGACCAUUUGAUACGUCGUGGCUUUAAGGAAGGGUACAAUCAAUGGAUAUGGCAUGGUGAAAGCUUACCUCCUAGUAUAAGUGUUAGUAAGAGUGAAACUCAUGUAGAGAGUGAGAAUCAAGCAAAUAGUCAAACUCAGGCAGAUAACGAGGAGAAUAAUGAAACUCAUGUUAGCAAUGAUGAGGAUGAUGAAAUUAAUGACCGAAUAGAUGAAAUGAUGCGUGAUGUGCAGGGAGAUUUUAGUGAAAUGCCUCUUGAGUUUAGAUGUUUGUUUGAUAAUGCUCAAAAGUAGGUUGAAGCGUGAGCAUCUUGACAGAAAACACCACCUCUAUGAAUCUCCCGUUCAACUCUAUGAUUACAUGAGUGAAGCUCAAUGGGCACAGUUUGUUGCACAUCGCCAGAGU